GAAGAAAUGAAUUUUGAUGAAAUCCUCAUUGACAUUGGAGGCUUUGGGAAGUUUCAGAAGAUCUUGUAUGUGUGGAUCUGUGCACCUCAGAUCUUCCUGGCAUUCCACAUGCUAGUGUCUGUGUUCACCGGAGCCGUUCCUCCCCAUUUGUGCCGCUCUAUGGCUCCCUUAAAGGGUCUUCCAGACUUCAAGAACUUCAGCCAUUUGACAGGCCUUGAUGGCCAUCCUGAUCUGUCCUGCAGUGCCUUUUUGAACCACAGCAGUGCUGCAGCUCCUGAAGAUGGACACCCUGCUGUGAGUUGUCAGGAGGGCUGGGAAUAUGGCAAAGAGACAUUCCAAAGCACCAUAGUAUCUGAGUGGGACCUGGUGUGUUCAAAUGCCAGCCUGAAUAAUUUAGGCUCCUCCAUCUACAUGUUUGGUCUCCUUGUUGGAGCUCUUGUAUUUGGACACUUAGCUGAUAAAUAUGGCCGCAGGAUCAUCAUCCUCAUCAGUCUGGCUCUCCAAGUUACCUUUGGUGUUGCUGCUGCUUUUGCCUCUAAUUUUUACAUCUACACUGCCCUUCGUUUUAUGGUCGGAACAUCCAUCUCUGGUGUUAUCAUGAACGCCUUUGUCCUAGGCACAGAAUGGACGGGUCCAAAACAUCGUAUGUUAGCUGGUAUCAUCACAGACUACUUCUUCGGUUUUGGUUACAUCUUACUGGCUGGAGUAGCAUACCUCAUCAGAGACUGGCGUAAGCUGCAGCUGGCCAUAUCAGCACCCAGCUUUCUCUUCAUUGUCUACAUUUGGGUUUUGCCUAAAUCAGCUCGCUGGUUGAUGGCCAGUAACCAAAAUCAGGAGGCAUGGGACCUGAUACUGAGGGCAGCACAGAUUAACGGGAAAGCUAUCAAUGAAGACCUAAAGAUGUGUCAGAUUAAUCAAACUGAAGAGAAAACCAUUUUGAAGAGGAAGCACUCAUUCUUUGAUCUGUUUCGAACCCCAACAAUGAGGAAGCAGUCCCUGAUUGUCUUCUAUCUAUGGUUUGUCAACAUUCUGGUGUACUACAGCCUGUCUCUCAACAUUUCUGACUUUGGGAUGAACAUCUACCUGACCCAAAUGAUUUUUGGUUUGGUGGAGAUGCCUGCACGCACCAUCACCCUUUUCACCCUCAACCGCUCCCGCAAGAUUUCUCAGCUGGCAUUUUUAACAGUUGGAGGAUCUGCCUGCCUGCUGACGACCUUCAUCCCAAGCAACUUCUCUGUAGUCAGAACAGUCCUGGCUAUGAUUGGAAAGUUUGGAAUCACAGCUUCUUUGUCCAUCAUUUAUAUCUACUCAGCCGAAAUCUUCCCCACUGUCAUCCGACAAAAUGGGAUUGGGAUCGGAUCCAUGUGUGCACGGAUUGGGGGUGUCUUGGCCCCCAUGAUGUAUCUUCUGAGGACCAUCAGUCCUCAUGCUCCCAUGGUUGUAUCCGGUCUCUGUCCACUGCUGGGCUCUGCUCUCACCCUCCUGCUGCCUGAGACGGCCAACAAGCCCCUGCUCGACACAAUUGACGAUGUUGAGGGAGCCAUCCUAAGGUUGAGCUCCACCUUCUGCGAAGGGCGGCGUCUAGGGCCCUAUAAAUUAAUGAUGACACGAGACAUCAGGGCUCUUCUUCUGGGUCUGUGA